AAAAGCGUUCUAACACUCGCAUCGAGCGGUCGCGAUCAUAUUUUGAGUGCCAACACGCUUAUCGGUUUUACGUGCACAUCUCACGUAGCAGAUAAGGAAUAUCUUCAUAAAAUUCACAACAUAAUGACAAGUGCCGAAUUACAAGGCUCCUAUGGAGGGUUCUACUUUGGUUUCUGCACUCUGAUCUCGCACGUUCUUCUGGCGGGGAUCACCGCAGCCAUUGUUUACAAGUGUCUGGUGCUCAAGUUGGUACACACCGCCGGACAUGCCUUCUACUGCACAAUCGCCUUUGUCUUCUUCAUGGGCGAAGCGCUGCUGGUGCGAAACAGCACAUAUUUGGAGUCCUGGAUGGGUCCUCUUAAUCUGAACCGCCUACAUGCUGGCCUGGGUCUGUUGGCUUUCCUGGUUGGAGUCGGAGGCAUCGGCAUCAAGACGUGGCAGAAGAUGGAGCGCAAACGGGAAGAUCCCAAUGCCACCGUGCGGCACUUCAAAACCAACCACGGCUUCUAUGGUAUUGUCGGCUGUGCUCUUUUGCUUGGUAGCGUUCUCAGUGGUCUUCCGCUGUAUUUCAUCAGCGGGGGCUUCACCUUGAAAUUGCUCCAUCGAUUCUUUGGGUUGGCUGGAUUCCUAGCCCUAAUGGUCUCGCAAAUGUUCGGCUACAACACAGGAUUCGGCAGGCGUCAAUGGAAGCCGCAUCAUCAGAAGCUAUUUAAGUUUUUCACAUUUAUCGCUACAGUAACGACUGCCAAUUACGAAUUCAGGAGAUUUGCACGAGAUAUCGCUGGAUUGACGACAAAUUAUUUAUUCGGAUCGGAAGCAGCAGAGGCAAGAGAAGAUCUUUGAGGCUAUGGCAAUGAUCGAGUGAUAUUACUCUGGAACACCAAUACUUUAUGAAACAUUUAAUUCCGCAACAACGUAUUGUAGAUUUAACAAUUAUUAAUAGUUUAUGCGGAAAUAAUAUGAAUUUAAAUUUUCAUUGUGAAUUUUGUUCUUAUGAAUUUCGCAACUGAUUUGCCCAGUAUGAAAAUUUUGUUAUCUAGUUUGUGAUGGCUUUAGUUGUCAAUGUCUACUAUAAUUGACCUUAUCAAUGCAAUGUGAGAAAGAACCAUUAGGUCUUAAGAACAUGAAUCAUUUUCACUUUGUGCCUUUAUUGUAAUUUCACAUACAUAUGAUAACAUUCUGUUGAUUAUUAAAACAUAAAAUACAUAUAUUUUCACUUUU